AUGCAUAACUUGCCCAACCCAUACCCGAGACAGAGAACCCUAGAGACUUUCAUAUCUGCCUCUGCGCCUGCCUCCUCCCUCCAAACCGUGACUCUUCAGCGAAGCACGCUUCUCUGUUCUAGAAAGAAAGAUGCAGAACGAGGAGGGACAGAUCACUGAGCUCUAUAUUCCUAGGAAGUGUGCCAGCUUCAGCAAACCAGAAUCUGUAUGCAAGAAGGAAAAGAGGAGCGAGGAGUGGGCCCUUGCCAAAACCCAACAGCUCCAAACGGCUAAGAAAAUCAGCUUGCAAACUCGCAAGUUAAUUUUCAACAGAGCCAAACUCUAUUCAAAGGAAUACGCCCAACAGGAAAAGGAGCUAAUUAGGUUGAAGCGGGAGGCCAAGCUUAAAGGAGGCUUUUAUGUCGAUCCUGAAGCCAAACUCUUAUUCAUCAUCAGGAUCCGUGGAAUCAAUGCUAUGCACCCUAAGACAAGGAAGAUUUUGCAGCUCUUGCGGUUGGGGCAGAUCUUUAAUGGUGUAUUCCUCAAGGUCAACAAAGCAACCCUGAAUAUGCUGCACAGGAUAGAGCCUUAUGUUACAUACGGGUAUCCCAGUCUGAAGAGCGUUAGAGAAUUGAUUUACAAGAGAGGCUAUGGAAAAGUUGAUAAGCAGAGAAUUCCGUUGACAGAAAAUUCAAUCAUUGAACAGGCAUUGGGGAAGCACGGAAUUAUAUGCGUUGAAGAUCUGAUCCACGAGAUAAUGACGGUUGGUACUAACUUCAGAGAAGCAAAUAACUUCCUAUGGCCCUUCAAAUUGAAGGCUCCAUUGGGUGGUUUGUUGAAGAAAAGGAAUAAUUAUGUCGAAGGAGGUGACGCAGGUAACAGGGAAGCUUACAUAAAUGAGCUUAUUAGAAGGAUGAACUAAUUUACUUUUUUGUUAUAUGGUUAUUAGUAUUGUAACAUCAUUAAGGAUAAGAUGUUAUUUUCGUUGACAAUCGGCCCUUUCGUUUGACUAUAUUUGUCUUACUCUAGUACUAUUUUGUGUUUUGGACUUUGGUAGCUAAUGAGAUCAAAUGAAACUGAGAUGUUUCUGAUUUGAAAAAGAAAAUAUAGAUGUCAGCAAAACAUUGACUAGU